AUGUCCACCGCCGAGCUCGCCUCUUCCUACGCGGCCCUCAUCCUCGCCGAUGAUGGUGUCGAGAUCACUGCCGACAAGCUCCAGACCCUGAUCAAGGCUGCCAAGAUCGAGGACGUCGAGCCCAUCUGGACCUCCCUGUUCGCCAAGGCUCUUGAGGGCAAGGACGUCAAGGACCUGCUCUCCAACGUUGGCUCCGGUGGUGGCGCUGCUGCCCCCGCUGCCGGCGGCGCUGCCGCUGGCGGUGCUACCGAGGCUGCCGCCGAGGAGGCACCCAAGGAGGAGGAGAAGGAGGAGUCCGACGAGGACAUGGGCUUCGGUCUCUUCGACUAA